GAACGCGUGGAGUGAAACGUCAGCCACGUCUGAAAUACGAUUAGUUGUCACUUGUCAAAUAACAUUCUCUUUUACGGCUUGGAGGUGAAGUUUUUCGAAGAUAUUUUACCAGCUAAAUAAAUUAAGGUACAAUGGCAGCGAAAUUACUAUCUCUGCUCCUUAUUGUGGCGGCGGUGGUGACGGCGGAUGAGGAGGCGUCGGUCGCCAGGCUUCUAGUUUCAAAGCAAGUCUUGAACAAAUACCUAGUCGAGAAUCUGGACAUUCUAAUCAAGUAUACUUUGUACAACGUCGGCACAGCGCCCGCAGUUGACGUGAAACUGGUAGACAACGGCUUCCACCCCGAAGUGUUCACUGUAGUCGGUGGCCAGCUCACCGCUCAGAUCGAAAGGAUACCCCCACAGACCAAUGUCUCCCAUGUCGUGACUGUGAGGUCUAACAAAUAUGGAUACUUCAACUUCACAGCUGCCGAAGUCACCUACAAGCCUAGUGAAGAUGCCACUGAGAUCCAAUACUCUAUCAGCAGUGCUCCAGGUGAAGGAGCUAUUGUCGCCUUCAAGGACUACGACCGCAAAUUCUCUUCGCACAUUUUGGACUGGGCCGCAUUCGCCGUCAUGACCCUGCCUUCCUUGGCCAUUCCCUUUGGUCUAUGGUACUCUUCAAAGAGCAAAUAUGAGAAACUGGCGAAAUCUAAAAAGACUCAUUAGUUUUAUACUUUAGUUAGGUUAGUUAAGUUGAGUUUGCAAUGUUGAUUGAGUCAUAACAAGUUCUUAGUACUGGCGCUGAAGGAAUUGUACAGAGAAUAAAGAACUAUUUAUUGUAACAUCCUAAAAUUGUCUUGUUGAUAAUUAUUUAUAUGAUGAAUACAUUUUUUUAAGAACUUAAA